GUAGAGACGUGGAAGACGUCUGAACGGAAACUUCCAGGGUUUCCUCCUUAGCUAGCAGCUACAUUGUUGUUCAGCAAUAGUAAAUAUAUUAGCUACCGAUAUAAUUUCUAACAAGGUUUGAAGUUAGCUAGUUACGUUGUAAUUGGCUAUCAUUAGACUCACAUCUGUUAUUAUCACGUUAACGUGCUCUUGCUGCAAGCAAAUUUUUAGCCUGCUAGCUAGGUAGCUAGAAUGACAAGUAGGAUAGACUACAGCGUGUGGGACCACAUUGAGGUUUCAGAUGAUGAAGAUGACACGCAUCCAAACAUCGAUACACCCAGCCUUUUCAAAUGGAGACACGAGGUAACGUUAUGUCGAUUAGAGUGAUGCAUUUGAUAGCUAACGUUACUUGGUCUCUGUAAGUUAGCUAGUUAUCACAUUAUUAGCUAGCUUGCUAGGUUUGCAGAUGAUGUAGCUAGCAAAUAGCUAGCUACGUUAUGUAAACAGCCUGCUAUCGCUGAUAAACGCAAUGGAAAGUUUAACAUAACGUUUGUCACAACAUUUGGCGUUAUGUGUUGUAUAGCUAGUUAUCCUCGAUGAGGUCCCUUUGUCCUGACCCCUCUCCCCACCAUCUACUAGGCGCGUGUGGAAAGAAUGGAGCAGUUCAUAAAGGCUGGUGAGGACCUGGAGAAGGGGCUGGCUGAAUCUAAGCGCAAGUUGACUGAAGCACAGAAGAAGACAAAGAAUCUGGCCAGUUCAGCCACGGACGAUGCCAAAGCCGAGCUGAGCAAGGCACAGGCCGAGGAGAAGAGGCUGAAGAAGGAGGAGCGAGACUGGGAGAAGAAACUGGAGGACCACCGGCGGGAAGAGAAGAAGAUGCCAUGGAACGUGGACACACUCUGCAAGGAGGGCUUCAGCAAGGUGGGUUUAGUGUGUGGAACCACUGGUGCUCCCUGGCUGCAGGUGAUGGUUAUUUGCUGAUGCCACUUGACUUACCCCACUCACACUCUCUCUGUCCUUCUCUCUGUCUCUCCUAGAGCGUUAUGAACGUUAAGCCAGAUGUGAAGGAGGAGACCGAGGAGCAGAAAGAGCAGAAACACAAGACCUUUGUGGAGAAGUAUGAGAAAGAGAUCAAACACUUUGGUGAGAGUCAUUACCCCAUUCUUUGUUGUCCCCAUUCUUUGUUGUCCCCGUUCUUUGUGAGGUGUUGUCAUGGCCAUGUUCUCUGUUGUCUGUGUUGUCAGGUAUGAUGAAACGCUGGGACGACAGCCAGAAGUACCUAUCAGACAACCCUCACCUGGUGUGUGAGGAGACGGCCAACUACCUAGUCAUCAUGUGCAUUGACCUGGAGGUGGAGGAGGUGAGAGCAGGACCGUAAUACUACAAACCUCACCACUAAUAACCCAUUAGGGCUUUCAUCCACUAUACAUUCCCCCUGAGGACACUCAUCAGGGUCAUGUUCAGUAGGGCACAAGGUAGCAAAACGUUUUGAAACAAAGCUAUAGUGUUUCUUGUUGGACAAGUCCAGGUAGUCCUUCCCUGUUUCAGUAAAUUUUCUUACGUUUGGUGCAUAAUCCUGGUGUAGAGAAGGUUAUAAAAGUAGGUCAGUAAGUGAUCGUCUGAUCCUCUUUAUUUGCCCAAAAAUACCUCAGUACGAAGUACACAUGCAGUUGCCUGUUCUUGAUACAGAUGAGCAUACACAAGGCUUAACGUCAGUGUCCUGUUGAUGUUUUCCCCCUGUAGAAGAAAGCUCUGAUGGAGCAGGUGGCCCACCAGACCAUAGUGAUGCAGUUCAUCCUGGAGCUGGCUAAGAGCCUAAAGGUGGAUCCCCGCGGCUGCUUCCGUCAGUUCUUCGCCAAGAUAAAGGUUUGUUUGGUUGUGACUAAGUGUGUCUGUGUGUAAAGGUAAUACAUUUCCCACUUGCACUCAAUAGCAAAGCAUAUAGACCAACAACGGUUACAUUUCCCUCUCUCAGACUGCAGAUCAGCAGUAUCAGGAUGCCUUCAACGAUGAGCUGGAGUCCUUUAAGGAGAGGGUGCGCGGCAGGGCCAAGAUCCGCAUCGAGAGGGCCAUGAAGGAGUACGAAGAGGAGGAGAGACAGAAACGCCUGGGGCCCGGAGGACUGGACCCUGCCGAGGUGUAUGAGUCCCUACCUGAGGUACAGGACAUCUACUGCUGCACCUCCUCCUUCAUUUAGCACCAUCCUUACAUCAUAAUCAUCAUCCCUACGUCUGUUUUUGGUUUUGCAAGUUAAAGAAGCCAUUUAUUUUGUCCUGUUUGUAGGAGAUGCAGAAAUGUUUUGACGAGAAGGACAUUGCCAUGUUGCAGACUGUCAUCACUAAGCUGGACCCAACGGUAGGUUACAAAACCAAAUCCAUUGCUGUGUUUCUUAUGUUAUAUUGUCUUCCACAUGCUCGGGGCAAGCAUAUGACAACAUACAUUGUACUACAAAUGUAAAGGCACACUCAAUAGUGACAUAAAACCUCCUGGAGUUGUUAUAAACUGGUGCUCUGAAUGUUGUUGUUCCCACCCCUCAGGAGGCUAAGGUCCACAUGAAGAGAUGCAUUGACUCUGGCCUCUGGGUCCCUAACUCACGGGCAGACGAGGGAGACGACAAGGAGGAAGACGCUACUUAUGAAGAGCUGAAUAAGGAGAUGGGCGAACAGAAGAUAGAAUGAUUGACAUUAAUUGACUUUACGAUGAUGAUAUUUUCAUCUAUGUAGUCAUUACUUCUAUUGCUACUCCCAAUGUUUUGUCAUGAAUUUGUCCUUAACGCUUUGGAACAAUGUAACCUCUCUGUGGUGAUGUCCACUCUUUGUGGACAACAAUAUCACACCAAUAUCACUUGCUGAAUGCUUUUCUUUUUUUAAACAUAAUUAUUGCUUGGGCCUUAUUAGUAAAGCUGUAUUCUUAAACUUGUGUGUGCCUGUACAUAGUCUCUUUGUGUGUGUGUCUGCCUGUACACUGUGUGUUUGUGUGUGUGUGUGUGU